GACCGAACUCGACGCGUCUGCACUUCCUCUUGCCUGCCUAUGUAAAAUCAAGAAAUAAUCUGAAAAUGCCUUCUUGACAGGAGGAGAGGAGGGAAUUUGAUCACUUUCUCUUUCAGUGUUUUGAAGGUAACUAGCACUCUCAGAACUUUAUUAGCCUGAAAUGUGGUUUUGGAUGAAUGUGGCGCUGGUUUGAGAACGAGUAUUAAUAAUUCUGCAUUUGUUUCCAAUUGAAAGAAAACAGUAUCUUCCCAGUUUAACGAAACGAAUCCGCAUCAACAAUCAUCAAGCAGUUGAGACAAGUUAGUAUUUAAAUGAACAGUAGUUCUGCUGAAUUCAUAUCAACAAUGACCAUCGUACAGUUAAUGAAAGAAACUCUGGAAUCCGGAGAUCCAAUCAUCCGGUCCUGGUUUCUGGUUGAUAGUUACUAUCUGCCUUUUCUGUGCAGUCUUAUGUAUGUGUUCACCGUCAAAAGGCUGUUACCUUCAUUCAUGGAAAACAGAAAGCCUUUCGACCUCCGAUAUGUCAUGAUUGCUUACAAUUUCCUUAUAGUGCUAACUUAUGUAUCUUGUCUAUUAUUGUUAUGUUAUUAUUUUUUGACAACUGAUGCUUACAAAGGAAUUUGUUCUCCGACAGUAGUUUCAUUUGGCCAUUACACUUACUGGGCAACUACUGCUGGUUGGGUAAUAUACCUCUUAAAAUAUGUGGAAUAUGCCGAUACGGUGUUCUUUGUUUUAAGAAAAAAGGACCAUCUUGUUACGAACCUCCAUGUCAUUCACCACGCUGUGCUUCCUAUAAUUGGAUGGGUCUUUUUGAGGACAGAAACAACUGGAUUCCAGUUUUUUCCCGGCGGACUUAAUUCCUUUAUUCAUGUAAUAAUGUACACUUACUACGGGUUAGCUGCAAUGGGACCAUCAGUGCAAAAGUACUUGUGGUGGAAAGAAUAUCUCACCAAGCUUCAAAUGUUGCAAUUCGUCAUCAUUCUGAUUUUUGUAUUGGUCAUCAUACCUCUCAGUGGAUGCAAGACAUCGAAACACGGAAUUUACAUUGACAUUCUGUUUGCUCUUCUUUUCUUGGCACUUUUCUAUAAUUUUUACACCAAAACCUAUAAGAAAUCACUGUCACUCAAAGGUCUGACCAACGGAAUAGUGAAAAGUUCAAAGAAUGGCGUAAGUAAUGGUAAAGCAGAUUCGCCAAAGGAAGAAGUCAGCAAUUCCAGAAAGAAUUGGGUGGAACUCAUUCAAAACUUCCCCUCCUCAGGCCCAGUAAGACGACGUUAAAGAUUUUAGUGACAGACGAUUGUGCUUACUGGUGACUUUCAAUUCUUCAAUGCAUAUCAACUGAAGAAUCCAGAAAAGAUUUUGUGUAGAAGCAAGAUCUUAACUGUCCAAAAAAGUUUCAUUAUGGGACAAAACAUUUUCAUCUAUCAUCAUUGCAAUUUUACAUUAUAAGGUUUCUAAAGCUUUUUAAUGUAUUUUUUUCUGUUUUUAUUAAUAUUGUCAUCUAACGGUAUGUUAUUUCUUUUAUUUCAUACAAAUCCACAAAAAUGAAAAAAAAUUAUAGUUGAAUCAUAUGGAAUUAUUUUAAAAAUCAUUUUUUCGCAGUUUUCUUUUUACUGA